CAGCUGAGUGUUUUGACUUUGUCAAAGUAUUGUUUUCUUGAGACUGUUUUUAUUUCCCGAAUUUCGGGUGUUUUUCCAUCAAUUGCCAGGAAGAAUUCUCGCGGAGAGCCUCAUCGGGAUGUCCUCUUCCGACUGGGAUGACUUGAGGAAGCUGGCCAGACGUCUGGAGAAUGACAUCGACCUGAAACUGGUGGCUUUCAGCAAGGUGGGCUCCGGCGGCAGCACAUCCUCCAGUCCCGAUUCGGCGCCGCUCCUUGGAGAACAUAUCUUUGACAAUUUGUCAGUGGAAAUUGAGCAAAUGCUGGAGAAAUUAUCAAACAUCAAUGAUAAGAUGGCAGAGCUUCCAUCGAGCGGCACUUCCAUGAUGAUUCACACUCUGCAGAGACACAGAGAGAUCUUAAACGGCUACCGGCAGGAGUUCAGCAAGAUCCGGGCGAAUCACACCACGAGAAUCGAACGUGAGGAACUGCUGAGAGGUUCUGGCAUUGGAAACUCGUCUUCCCUGACCAGCGGCGGGCUCAGCCGGCGGGAUAUGUAUCUCAAAGAGAGCUCCCACCUCAGCUCCUCGCACAGUCUCAUCAAUGACCAGAUAAGCAUCGCGAUGGAGACGAAAGAACACCUCACGUCGCAGAGGCAAUACUUGAAGCGCAUGCAGACGCGCUUCAAUGACAUCUCCAAUCGCUUCCCAAUGAUAUCCAGCUUGAUUCAGCGCAUAAACAUGAAGAAGCGACGAGAUUCCCUGAUUGUGGGCGGCGUCAUCGCCGUGUGCACCUUCCUCCUGAUCCUCUAUGCAUUUCACUAGAGCAGAGCACCAGUGCCGACGGGGAGUGAUAAGCACGCGGAUUCCCUGAUAAAAUAUCACACUUAUCACUGUUUUUAUUGAGUUUAUUUUUGGAGUAAAACAGGCAGUUUAAUUUAAAUGCGCGC